AUGAUUGCUGGUGAACAAGUGCGACUUAAACUUCAUGAUGGGAAGCUGAUCAAGGAGCGACGGUAUCACCUGAGGACGUACCCCAACUGUUUGGUGGGACAGGAGGUGAUUGACUGGCUGGUGAGCCAUAAAGAGGCUCCGGACCGGAUUACAGCCGUGUGCCUCAUGCAGCACCUCAUGGAUCAGGAAAUUGUACACCAUGGAUGUGAGCUGAUUGACUGGAUCAUUCAGAAUGGAGAAGCAGAGAGCCGGCAUUGUGGACUGGACCUUUGCCGGGCCUUGUAUGAGCAUGGCAUUAUCCAGCAUGUGUCAAAAAAGCAUAUUUUCUUUGACAGUGGACUGCUUUACCAGUUCUGUAUAAAUUUUCGCCGCCGCCGAAGAUUAUCAGAACUAAUAAGUGAUACUGAGCAAAACAAUGAAGAAGUAGGAAUGGUGUCCUUAGAAGAAAACAGCAGCCCAUUUGUUGCCAGUAAAAACCCACUGCAUGACGAACCCAGUGGCUUCCAGUCUGUGGGCCUUCGUAAGGAAAUUAAGUCACUCACCAGUGGCCGCAGAGGCAGUUUCAACUCUCGGGCUGAUUUUCCUUCUUUCACACCACGGGCUUCAAUAUCUAUGGUCCUGUAUAACCCCAAAUCAGUGCUCUCUCGAAAUAUCACAUGUGGGGAGUUACUGGCACCUGGAGCACCUUUCAUCAAGAGGGUGUUGACGGUGAUUGGAGAUGCUUUGGGCUGGGGCUUUGUUGUCAGAGGGACUGCUCCUGUCUAUGUACAAGCUGUGGACCCUGGAAGUCCAGCUGCAGCUGCAGGGAUCAAGGUGCGCCAAUUUGUGUACCAGGUGAAUGGACAAUUUGUUCUGUACAUGGACUACAGAACAGUCACUAGACUUGUGAUGACAGGAACCCUUUUCAGCACAUACAGCGGGAGCCCGGGGUCCGGGGCCCAGGAGAACAUACAGAACACUCACCGAUCACUGAUGCUAACUAGCCUCGCAGAUACCUCCUUUGUUCGUCCAGAGAGUACCAAGAGCGAAAAGCUUCAUAACAAGGAAACAUGUAUCAACUACCGCUUUGUAAAGAGGCUGUUGAGGAUUUCAAGGAUUUUUGUCCUGAUGAGCAGUAUGUACAAGGCACUCUAUGUCUGGAUCUUUGUUCAUGGGACCCCUCUUAUUCCAAAACCCAGGUAUACAGAAGAGCAAGAGGAUUCAUUUAUGUCUCCGAUAGAAGAGCAAGAGGAUUCAUGUGGGUCUACUCCAACAGAAGAGCAGGAGGAUACACGUGAGUCUACUCCAACAGAAGAGCAGGGGGAUACACGUGAGUCUACUCCAACAGAAGAGCAGGAGGAUACACGUGAGUCUACUCCAACAGAAGAGCAGGAGGAUACACGUGAGUCUACUCCAACAGAAGAGCAGGAGGAUACACGUGAGUCUACUCCAACAGAAGAGCAGGAGGAUACACGUGAGUCUACUCCAACAGAAGAGCAGGAGGAUACACGUGAGUCUACUCCAACAGAAGAGCAGGAGGAUACACGUGGGUCUACUCCAACAGAAGAGCAGGAGGAUACACGUGGGUCUACUCCAACAGAAGAGCAGGAGGAUACACGUGGGUCUACUCCAACAGAAGAGCAGGAGGAUACACGUGGGUCUACUCCAACAGAAGAGCAGGAGGAUACACGUGAGUCUACUCCAACAGAAGAGCAGGAGGAUACACGUGAGUCUACUCCAACAGAAGAGCAGGAGGAUACACGUGGGUCUACUCCAACAGAAGAGCAGGAGGAUACACGUGGGUCUACUCCAACAGAAGAGCAGGAGGAUACACGUGGGUCUACUCCAACAGAAGAGCAGGAGGAUACACGUGGAUCCUCUGAUGAAACGACAGGACAAACCAUGUUCGCCUAG